AUGAUUAGUCUAGAAAAUAAGAGACUCUGGCUUUGGAUUUCUCUCGUUUUAACCUUGUCAUUUAUUGCCUUUGGAUGUGUUUUCAUUAUUUGUUCGAGCAUUCUCGUGAGUCGAGUCAAACAAUUUCCACCCAUUGAAACCUCAGUGAGUACAACAUGCACGGUCAUGGAUCCCAACAUUAAUUGUCAAGUACAACAAGUAGAAGAUUUACUUCACCAACUUGACAGUGCUCAUGUUGAACAAGAGGCAUCGAAUGGCAAUUUAUUGGACCUUACUCAACCAUGGUCAACAUCCAUGAUGGAGACAAGCAUGAGGAUUGAUCCUGUCAGUACAAAACCCUCUCUCAUUCACAAAAUUUCUUCUCAAUUGAAUUCUAAACAUGCAUCAUUUUUAGAUGAUCAUCACAUCAAUAAGGCAAAAACAACAACAACAACACCUUUUACACUUCUUUCAGAUCUGACCAAAGAACGGACCACAAGUGUCCAGGGAAAGUGUUUUGCAUUGGUUCAAUACGACACCAAGAACAUGGACAAGGAAUUUUCAAAAUUAGAAAGUGUCACAUACUUUCCACAUUCUUCAUCAAGUCCUCAAGCUCAAUAUACCAAAGGACAAACCGUGAAUUGUUAUUUUGACGAAUUUAGACCUCAAAUUAUUUCCUACGAGAAGACCAGACAACCCAUGGAAUAUGUCAAAUUUUAUGACAUUAUGCAAAUUGGAUAUGUGGAACUUGCAAGUGCAGGAUGCUUGUUUUUAUUUGCCAUAUUUUGCUUGGGAAUUUCAUGUUGUUGCUCGUACUUGUACAAUCGAUCAUUGAGAGAAUAUGCUGGAUUGAAACCCUCUUCGGGAAGUCUGCCUUAA